AUGGGUCUUGGUAGUUCUCAAGAGUAUUAUGAAGCUCCUCCACUUAGAUCAUUCCCAUCUAGAAAUGGAGCAAUGGGACCAGCUACUGGUGCUGGUCGAGGCGCGCAAAGACGUAGAAGACGUAUCUUUCGCCGAGUCAGACAAGCUCCAACAACUAUAAUACCUGUACCACAACCCGUCCGACAUCACUCUCCGCCACGUCAACAUCACCACCAUCAUCGGCCGCGGCAAUUCCCACCGGCAGUACCUGCUUUUGCGCCAUUAGCAACUGGAGUUCCAUCCUCUUUGCCAAUGUCUUAUCAAAAUUUUACAGCUUUACCAUAUGUGCCUCCACAGUCAAUGUUAAUGGCGCAACAACAAAUGCCACCGAUGAUGAUGCCUCAACAAAUAUCACAGCCUUAUCCAAUGAUGGCUGCACCAUCUCGACCAGUGACUAUGCAAAGAUUUGCGCCGAUGAUGAUGCCGCAAAACUUACUACAACAGCAAGCUAUGAUGAUGCCACAAUAUAUGCCUCAGCAAUCACCUAUGAUGAUGCCGCAAGAGUCACCACAAUCUCAAGCUAUGAGAAUGGCUCAACAAAUGCCAGCUUCUAUCUAUUCACCUUAUGCAUCCACACCUUAUUCAAUAGGUGCAUCCUAUUCUACCCCAUAUGCUCCACAACCAGUUCCGCAACAGCCUCAAGUAGCACCUAUGUACAAUAAUAUAGGUGCAUCUGUUCCUGCUGCUGUGGGCCUAUCCGGUCCAGUAGGACCAUUUUCAUCUCCAAAUCGGCUAGUAGGUCCUAAUCUCGGUACAGAUUGGACAGGAGGUGGAAAAAUCUCUCCUGGAUUUCUUGGACCUCCACUAUAA